AUCUUCAGAAUGUGAAAUGAUCAUAGUACCGACUGUUGUGUAAAGACUGAGAGAAAGACAGUGGGACGGUUAAGCGUACGGAGCAACCCGGUCGUAUCAUCUGUGGAGAUAUUCUUUACUUGGGUUUAUUUUUAUGUCUUAGUAACGGACCGCAAUGAUCUUCCUCGUAUAUUUCUUUUGGAACUCUGGCUUAAAGAAUAUCUAAGGAGACAGGUGAUUGGAAAAACGGAGGAUUGAGUCAAGGAACCAUGACAUUUUAGAGAAUUUCUCCUCUUUUGAGACAGCAAGCUUCUAUAUCCGGAGCAAGCGCACUGCCGCUGUUACUUUUGGAUUAAUACAAAUCGGGUUCUUUAUGCAACCUGCUUGCUGAAUUGUUUUUUCAAGAGUUUGCUGAUAAAUGAAUUUCGAGUCGCAUCCGCUGGUUCCCUGCCCUCCCCCGAACUCUGCGCCGCCCCGAUCCAGAUGAACGGUUCUCCCGGUGGAUCUGAAGCGCAAUUACACAGUCUGUCUCCCGAGCGCACCGUCAACGGCAGAGGUAGUUCACUACCGAGAGAAACAAAAAGCCUGUUAGUUCCUACUCCCUCUCCCUCGGAUCCAUUUCGCCAGGCUAAGAGGUUGCCAAUACGGAUUCUAAAAAUGUUGACCGCACACAGCAGCCACUUGCUACACCCGGAGUAUCUUCAGCCCUUGACGUCCGCACCAGUCAGUAUCGAGUUGGAUGCUAAGAAGAGUCCUCUGGCUCUGCUGGCUCAGACCUGCUCCCAGAUAGGCAAGCCAGACCCCCCCUCUUCCUCCAAGCUGGGCUCAAUUUCCUCAGGCAGCCAGUCGGACAAGGAGCCCUCCGGUCGCUCCUCCUCGUCAGGCCUCAAGACGGGAGACCACCACCACCAGGAGGACAAGUCCAGCUUCAAGCCUUACUCCAAGAUCGGAGGGGAGUGCCGUAAGGAUGGGCUUGCGACCAAGGCCUCCUCAGAUAAGGCCGGCUUCCGAGUAGCCAACGGAGGGUCUGGAGGGGCGGGCUCAUGUCCGUCCUACCCCCCGCACCCUGCCAGCUCCCCCAGCUCCUCUCCCCUGCACAGCCAGAGCCAGGCCCACAGACAGAGCCCCUCCACGCAGCCUCCUCCCCCACUCUCCCAGGCCCUGCACACGGACAGCAAGGCUGCGACCUCGGACCAGGCCGGCUCCGACAGCUGCAGCGCAGGGAAGAAGGAGUCGGAGCACGGCAAGGCCGCCCUGGACGGGGCCCAGCUCGCUAACUCCAGUCACGUUCGGGCUAGCGCUAACUCUAGCAACGCUAGCUCUGCUAGCAGCCCACGGCCGGACAGCAAGCCCGACCCCCAGCCUGGGCUGGGCUCCGGACACAUCGCCCCCGUCUCCCCCUUCAAACCAGGACACUCCGUCUUCCCACUUCCCCCUGCCGCUAUGGGCUACCAUGGGUCCAUAGUGGGGGCCUAUGCAGGCUACCCUUCUCAGUUUGUUUCAGGGCUGGAUCAUACCAAGUCUGGCCUGGGGGGAUUGGGGAUGCCAGGAAAGCACCCCAGCUCCAGCCCUCUCACCGGGGCCUCCCCCCCAUCCCUCAUGCAGGGGCUAUGCAGGGACCCGUACUGUCUGACGUACCCCAAUGGCCACCACCUAGGGGGCAGCAACUGCUCCACCUGUGUCCACGACCCCUCCUCUCUCAAGUCAGGCUUCCCGCUGGUCUACCCCUCGCACCCCCUCCACGCCCUGCACCCCAGCACCAUGUCCUCCGGCGUGACGCCCACCCUGUCCCACCCUCUCUACACCUACGGCUUCAUGUUACACAACGAGCCCAUGCAGCACGCCUGCAACUGGGUGUCGGUGGGAGGGCCGUGUGACAAGCGCUUCUCCUCGUCCGAGGAGCUGCUGGCCCACCUGCGUACCCACACGGCCCUGUCCGGGAUGGUGGACAGCAAGCUCCUCUCAGCCUACCCCUCCUCCGCCGCUUCCUGCCACCUCCACCUGCCCCCUCCCAGCAGCCCCGGGGCUCUGCCCAGCUCCUUCUCCCUGAGAGGGUCCCCCGGGCUGGGCCUGGCCCGCUACCACCCCUACAGCAAGGCCCACAUGCCUGGAGCCCCAGGGAUGCCCAUGCACUCCAUGCCAGCCUCCUCCGCCUACUACUCCCCCUACGCCCUCUACAGCCAGAGACUAGGCUCCGCCUCCACGCUGGGUUACCAAUGAAGUCCUAGCACCCAGACUAGGCUCCACCCCCCUGCCCCUGGCCUACCAAUGAUGUCCAAGCACAGAGACGCGUUACCAGGCAACGAACUGGACCUCAGAUAUGCACAGUGGAUGAACCAGGUGACCUCUGGAGGGGGUCUUUGCCAGCACAGGUCACCCCAGCACCACGGGCCUCAGGAAGCCAUGACAGAGACCCAGGGGUGAGGGACCAGAGACGCUCGUAUGAAGGAGCCUGGGGAACAGAAGCUUGAAUUUGAUUUGAAUUGUGGAAUGAGAAUGGUUUUGAUUUGCGUUUUUUUUUUUUUUUUCUUCUUUCCUCUCCACCCCCUGGACUGAAAGUGUGUAUUUAUUUUUCACUCGAGCGCUUGGCUUUUAAUUUAGGGGGGAUGUUUUCAAAUAAAUUGUUCAUAAGUAUUCUAAUUGAAAAGAAUUAUUUUAAUUAUAGUAUAAUAAUGCCUAUCUUACACUCUUUAAAUAAAGUUUUGCACCACGGCAAAGAUGAACUGUGAAGUUUUUCUAAGGACCAUUUUCUUUUACGUCAUCUCUUUUCCAUCUGCUGUCGCCCCGCUGCUGUUCAAACUCAAAUGGAACACCCCAUAUUCGGACCACAAGCGUUUUCAUGAACAGUGCCGUUUAUUUUCUAUUUGUACAUAUUCAAAGAUGUAAUAUUUUUUCAAGCAUUACCAGGUUAGCAAGUUGGGGCUUGCUGACUGAAAUUUAAAAGGAAUAACUGACAAAAUGAACGCUUAGUGGUGGCAGUGCUAUCCAACCCACUGGGAAAAGUCUUAUUUUGUCUAAUAAAUGAUACUUGAUUGCA